AUGGAUAGUAUCAAGAAUUCUUCGUCCGUCCAGACCGCCAGUUCAUUCGAGCACCAGAUCGAGGAAGCCGAGGAUGCAGCGACCGUCGAGGCAACAAAGGGCGGCACAAAGGACGAUGAUUACGACAUGCGUCGUAUGGGCAAGCUCCAAGAGCUGAGACGUAACUUCCGUUUCGUUUCCAUCUGGGGAUUCAGUCUUUUGCUAGGCAAUGCUUGGGUGGUCGCUUUGAUUUCCAGUAAUGUCACUCUUGCCAACGGCGGUAUGGCCGGAGGAGUGUGGAUGUUCCUCAUCGUCGCCAUAGGGAUGUUCUUCUGUAUGCUUUCCAUGGCGGAAAUGGCAUCGAUGGCACCCACGGCCGGCGGCCAAUACCAUUGGGUCAGUGAAUUUGCUCCUCCCAAGUACCAACGUUUCCUUUCAUACAUAGUUGGAUGGAUGUGUGUUUUGGGAUGGCAGGCCGCCAUGUGUGCGAGCGCCUACACUCCGGCACUCAACAUCCAAGGCCUCAUCGCACUCAACGUCGAAGGCUACACCCUUCCGGGGUGGCAUGCAGCGCUCAUGACUAUUGGUAUCGUCAUUAUCUGCAUUUUCAUCAACACCGUUGCGGUUAAGAAACUACCUCUGCUCGAGGGGUUCAUGUUGCUCUUCUUCUUCUUCAGUUUCUUCACCAUCCUCAUCGUGCUCUGGGUCAUGGCUGAGAGAACUCCUGCGAAGAAAGUCUUUACAGAGUUCAGCGACAAUAUGGGCUGGGGAAACGUGGGGCUCUCAACAUUGAUCGGUAUCCUGUCUCCAUUCACCACUCUCCUCGGAUCCGACUCGGCUUGCCAUCUUUCGGAAGAGCUUAAGGAUGCAUCAUGGGUCCUCCCGAGAUCCAUGGCUGCUACUGCGGUCGUCAACUAUGCUCUGGGAUUUGUUACUGUCAUCACACUCAUGUUUACCUUGGGAGGUUCUGUGCAGUCUGUUCUUGACACCAAAUUCGGUCAGGGUUAUAUCCAGGUCUUCUACAAUGCUGUUGGAUCAAAGGCCGGUGCAUCGGGUCUUACCGCAAUUGUCUGUGUUUUGCUGUUCUUCACUGCCAUCAACCAAGUCACGACGACUUCAAGACAGCUCUUCGCGUUCGCUAGAGACGGUGGUUUGCCAUUUUCUGCAUUCCUCGGCAGAGUUCGACCUGGCAUGGACAUUCCUCUCAACGCUUGCACUGUAACUGUGGUCCUCACUGUCCUCCUUUCGCUCAUUGUCAUUGGCUCCAGCACAGCUUUCAACGUCAUUCUCAGUCUGUCCAGCGUCGGACUCCUGACCUCGUACAUCAUUUGCAUCGGAUGCAUGGCUAGAAAGCGAAUCAUGAAGGAGGCUCUUCUGCCCAGCCGCUUUAGCCUGGGUAAGUGGGGUCUCGCCAUCAACCUGACCGCGGUGGUGUUUUUGUCUUUUUGCUGGGUCUUGCUCUUCUUCCCUUCCAGACCUCAUCCCGACGCACAGAACAUGAACUGGACCAUUCUGAUCUACGGCGUUACCUGGAUUGCUGCAAUCUUCUACUACAAGUUCAAGGGCAAAUACGACUAUGCCGGUCCUGUCGAGGGGAUCAACAAGGACUAUUGA